UAUCUAAUUUAAAGGAAAAUAAUUAUGUUUCUCCAAAAUUGUUGCCAUUGACCCAAGAUGUUAUAAAAUUCCAAACUUUUGUAAUGAACGAAGCCCAUGAAGCUUCAGAUGCAUUGAAGAAGAAUAUCCACAUUAAGUUGAACUAUCGAAAGCUGAUCGAGUCUGUCUUAGCAUUGACAUUAUUAAUAAAUAGAAAGCGCAUUGGGGAAAUUCAGUACCUAAAAACCGAGACUUAUAAUUCAACAGUCAGUGAAAACCAGCAAACCGAUUUUCUGGAUUGUCUUUCAAAAACUGAACAAACUUUGUGCAAGAAUUAGAAAAGAGUAGUGACCGGUGGAAAAGGAAGCAGACCUGUUGCAAUUUUAUUUCCACCGGACCUUCAGAAAUUCAUUGAACUUCUUCUAAGUUUCCGAAGUAUUUGUGUGACUCCGACAAAUCCGUAUUUAUUUGGUAAUCCUAACACAGAGCUGUGGUUGAGUGGCUAUCAUAUUGUGAAAAAGCUGGCGACAAAAGCUGAUGUUUCGGAUACAACUCUGUUUACAUCAACCCGUUUAAGAAAACAAAUUGCCACAUUAUUGCAAGCAAUCAAUAUUAAGGAUGACGAAAUGGAACAGUUUGCUACUUUCAUGGGACACACCAAAAAAACACAUGAAUCGUAUUAUAGGCUUCCUCAAGACUUGUAUCAGACAGCAAAAGUUGCCAAAUUACUUAUCGCUGUUAAUAGUGGACAAGUAGCAAAGUAUAAAGGAAAAUCCCUUGACGAAAUAACUUUGUCAGACAAUGAAUCAUUGCUGGAUGAGACUGAAGCAGAAAAACCUUUAUUUCAUGAUCAAAAUAUUAAUGAAAAUGAAAUAGAAGAGACGUGGGAACAGCAAUUCGGAGAACAAGCAAUGAAAAAUGCGGUAUUAGGUAAUUAUCUAUUUUUCCUUAUCCAGAACCAAGAAUUUAAAGAACGUGGAAUGAAAGAUAAACUGUUAUGUUUUAGAUGAAAGGAAAAAUAGUAUAAAAAAAGGAAAGCGAGGAAAGUGGAAUUCAGAGCAAAAAAAUGUAUUGAAAACAGCUUUCAAAGAUCACAUAAAAAACAAAAAAGCUCCGAGAAAAGAAGAAACCGAGUUGAUAAUGAAAAAACAUAAAGAUUUAUUCAAGGAUAAGACGUGGGCCACAGUGAAAGCUUUUGUUUAUAACUGUUAUAAAGGUUAAACAAUUGCUAAUUUACUUUAAAUAUUUUAGACUUGCACUGCGCUAGUAUAAACGUUUAAUUUUAUUUCAAUGUUUAAUAAUUAUUUUAGUCAUUCUCAGCAUUAAUUAUAAAUAAGAUAAAAUGUAAAAUAGCUAUUAACCAAAUAUUUAAUGAAGUACUCGUAUUUACUUUUGUA